AUGUCGCGUCCUAGUACAGUCGCUGCCCGAUGCGCUGCGCUAGGAACUUCGAUCGCCCAGGUCAUCCCGGAUGUCAGCAGCUUUGCUCGCAAAUUCCGCGAUGCUCGUCACGACCUGAACAAGAUCAACAGUGAUCUGCUCGUGAUCAGAACUGGGCUGAGUAUUGCGCAAGACGACUUUUCGGCAAAGUGGGCCGAGCUGCCGGCGUCUCUGAUCGAUGCUGUCUCGCGAGUUUUGGACUCAUGCGACGAUACCUGUGAACGAUUGCAUAAGGCUUUUCUUAAGCUCUCAUGUGGUAGUAAACCGAAAGAGGACUGGCGUGUGCUGAAGGACGGACCUUUGGUGAAUCUACGGCAUGAUCUUGACGCCUCAAAGGUGGUGCUAGAGUUAUGUCUAGACUAUGUCGCAUUAUUCUCCCAACAGGAUACGAUGGACUCGUUACUUCAAAAUUUUGUCAGCGAUCUCAUCACGCAAAGUGAUGAACUGCUGAAGAAGACGGAUACAGAUGAGAUUUACCUAGCAAAGAGGACUACUCUCCCACGUCCAGAUUCCCUAGAGCCCGCCCUUGGCGAGGAGCCUCGAAGCGGCAGGAAGAGCCCCCACGAACAAGCUUCAACACGAAACAGCGCUAACGACGGCAUUGGUACAUGGCUCGCCAACGUUCCGUCCUUUGAAGACGCGCAGACUCUCUCUUAUUCCGCACUUGAACAAACAUCUGUUCCCAGGCGACUUCUGAUACCGCCAUCCCGGGAAGACAUCACCCCAUCGCGCGGCACAUUCUACACUGACGACGGCGCGGCAUCCAGCCCUACACUGGUACCACCAGAAUCCCGACUCAAGAAGUCAUACAGCUGGUGUACUGAUCUCUCAGGGAAGGCGAACGUCUCCAUUUUUCAUAGGAAGAUCACCUCGGACCGGAUAGCUGUGACGAAGGGCAAACGAAAAGAGUUGGAGCCGAACCAGAGGGCGGCGGUAGAUCGAAUCCUGGCAAACAUACCAGCGGAAGCGACAGCUGCUGAAGUGGAGAGGGUGAUAUGGGAAGGCGCAAACCCCAUGGCGACACAUCCAGAGUUCGGGUACUUCUUCAUUCGAGUAGCGUACGAAAUGUCGCCAGACAUUCUUACCCUUCUCUUGGAUUUUGGGGCUGACAUUACUCGUGUCAACCCAGCACCAUCGUCAUAUUACUCCGCAAUGCAUGCCGCAACCUUAGGACGGCAGCUCGCCACCGUCCGUUACCUUGCUUCUUUGGGUCACUCGAUCGACAACCCUGAUCACGAUGGAGAAACGCCCCUUCAUCUUGCUUGCAGGACGCCUGGUGCGUCUGCGAUAGCAAAGUACCUUGUUGAAGCUGGUGUGGACGUGAACUUCGAGGCGAAGAGCGGACGUACACCACUACAGUCUGCUCUCAAAGCAGUGAGGCUGGAGGGUAAAGAGAGAAGCAUGUUGAUUGAGCUUCUGCAGACACAUGGGGCUGAGGGUGAAGUGAAGAGGGAUUUGGACUGUGGGAGGGGUAACGAGAAGGGAAGACAUCACACAUUGCUCCUUACGACGUGUAUCAUGACCAAUAUGGAGAAGGCAUACAAGAUGUGGGUGGAAGGGAAAGAGGUGGAAGGCCGAGCGGAGCAGCUCGCCGUUGAAGACCCCGCGACUGGGGAGAUCUUCGCGCACUGCCAUGCUGCAUCUGAGGCUGAUGUCGAGAAUGUUGUUAAAACUGCACACAAAGUCUUCAAAUCGGGUGUGUGGUCGAAAGCCCCACGCCAUGUGCGUGCGGACACGCUGGACCGAAUCGCAGAACUUUUGACCAAGAAUCUCCCAAGGCUUAUCGCGCUGGAAGUACAGCAGACCGGACGCGCUAUUCGUGAGAUGAACGCCCAGGUUCCGACUCUUACGAAAUGGUUCAAAUAUUACGCCGCGUUGAUACGAACUGAAGAGCGCUCUGUCUUGCCAACCGUCGGCAAACUACACAAUUGGGUUGACCGUAAGCCGCUCGGUGUAGUCGCGCAAAUUACGCCGUUCAACCACCCAAUGUUGAUUGCUGUCAAGAAGAUCGCACCCGCAUUAGCCGCGGGCAACUCCAUCGUGCUGAAACCAAGUGAGCUGACGCCGCUCACCAGCAUUGAGCUUGGCAAGCUUCUGAAAGAGGCCGGCUUGCCCGACGGCGUCUUUUCAGUGUUGCCAGGCGACGGCAUCACGACCGGAAAGGCUCUUGUGGAGCAUCCGCUCAUCAAGAAAGUCGAUGUUACUGGCGGCACACCAGCAGGACGCGCCAUUGGCGCCAUCGCAGGACGCAACCUGGCACAUUACACCGCCGAACUUGGUGGCAAGGCUCCGCUGAUCGUGUUUGAAAAAGCGCACAUGGAUCUUGCAGUCAACGGCAUUGUGUUCGCAAGCUUCAUAGCCAGUGGCCAGACAUGCGUGGCAGCGACGCGUAUCAUCGUGCAGAAUAACAUCAUCGAUCAGGUAGUGGAGAAGCUGAAAGCCAAGGUACAGAGCAUCGAGAGGCGGAUGGGCUCACCGAAGAAUGUGGAGUCUAUGAUGGGUCCCCUCAUAUCGGCGAAACAGCUCAGCAACGUUGAGACACUAGUCAACGACGCAAAGGAUGCAGGUGCGACGGUUGUCACAGGUGGCCAACGAAUGACUCACAAGUCUUCACUGGACGAUACCGACUUCUCGAAAGGCUACUUCUAUCCACCAACAAUACUGGCGGAUAGCACCACAAAGAAGAUUGUCGACACGCGUAUAUGGAAGGAAGAAGCCUUUGGUCCUGUCAUCGUCGUCGUAGGUUUUGACACGGAAGAAGAGGCCUUGGAGCUUGCGAACGAUAGCGAAUUCGGUCUGGGCGCAGCUAUCUGGACGCAAGAUCUUUCGCAAGCUUUCCGCGUGUCGGAGAGCAUCGAGAGUGGCAUUUGCUGGGUCAACACGCAUCAUCGCAACGACCCAAGCUCACCGUGGGGCGGCAUCAAGAGCUCAGGAGUCGGUAGCGAGAACGGUAUCGACGCUUACAAUGCGUAUACAGCAUCGAAGAGUACGAUCAUAAACUAUGCGACGGCUGAUGAAGGGCUGGCUAGCGAUGACUGGUUCCGGGAGGGCGCUGGCGAGGUUAGAUAUGGAUGA